CGUGUAAACAGAAGCGCACUUAAAGAGACAGACAGACGCGCACACGCUCACAGCUCGAUUACAAGAGAGAGGACCAUCGUCCACAAGGCCCAAGGCCUAUGCCUGAAAGCAGCAGAAACCUGAGAGUCUGAGACCGGAGGCAGAGACUCCGUUCUUUCACAGAUCGGACCAAAACCGUGAGUUGUUUCCCACAUUUACCACACUCUGCUUCUUUCUCUGCCCUCUCGGAUCUGCUUACUCGUGCAUGGUGGAAAUGUAGCUCUAAAUUCAAAUCUUCGAUGCCUCGAGCCUGCAAUGGGAAUAGAAGUUCCAGAUAUUUGUAUGGACAAGGAGCCAGAUUGUGUCAUAGUUUAUUCAAAUGGUGUUUCCCAUGAUUCAAACCAUGAAACUGCUCCCAUUCAUCAUGAUGGGUCUGAGUCAUACGAGCAUAUUAAUGAGGGUCCUGAAAUCCAAAGUUCAGAAGAAAGCACUGAAGUGAAGGAAUAUGAUGUGAAGGAAUGUACUACUGAAAAUUCAGUAGAGUUACCUGAACUCUGUCAUAAUGAAAAAUGUAAGGAAGAGCAGAAUGCAAUAAACUCACAUUUUAAAGCUGGUCUGCCUGAUGAAAAGAUAAAAUCAGAAACCCAGAAGAAAAAGGACAAUGAUAGGUCACAAAUUCCUAUCAAGCAAGCAUCUAGAGCUCUUGCUGCAAAUGUUCGAACAAAACACACUGUUCCACAGCCAUUUGCACUAGCAACUGAAAAGCGUGCGUCAUCUGGAAUUUCUCCUGCUGGUGCUCAACCUGAUAUUGGGACUCGCCUGAAUAAAUCAUCUGCUGCUAACAAUUUGCGACAUCCAAAUACCACAAAGCCCUAUCAGCAAAUAUCACAAGUGUUACCGAGGAAGCCACUGCAACCUGAUAACAAGAAGCAUCCUGAUGAAGAAGAUUCCUGUUCUGUUGCUUCCUCAACUGCAGUAUCUACAAGGGCAAUUAAGUCCAGGCCGACUGUUGCAUCAGCUCCAGUAUUUAGAUGCACUGAGCGUGCAGAGAAACGGAGGGAGUUUUAUUCAAAAUUAGAGGAGAAACACCAAGCAUUGGAAGCUGAGAAAACUCAAAGUGAAGCAAGGACAAAGGAAGAGAAAGAGGCAUCUAUUAAACAACUGAGGAGGAGUUUAAUGUUUAAAGCAAGCCCAAUGCCAAGCUUUUAUCAUGAGGGACCUCCACCAAAGGCUGAACUCAAAAAGUUGCCACCAACUCGUGCAAAAUCACCAAAGCUGGGCCGAAGGAAGAGCUGCAGUGAGACAGUCAGUUUAUCCCGGGGACACAAGGUGAAAGGAGCUUGUGCUCAGGGAAAUCGUCAUAGCCUUGGUAUUUACAAAGAAGAAACCACCACCGAUGGUUCCACCUUUUCUAAGGAUCAGAUCAACAUCCAGAAUGGUAAUACACUGUGCAAAUUCAAAGAUGACUCCAAAGAAGCGGAAGAGAUAAACGAAUCAUUUACAACCAAGGUUAAUGGUGAGGGGAAUGUGGUCGUUGAUGUCCAUUCUUGAGUUUCUGGUGAGUUUUCUAAUUUGUAAGAGGAAAUGGAUCUUCAUUUUCUCUAGUUUUCUGGUGACUGCUCUGAAAAAUAUGUGUAAGUUAUUUACUUUAACAUGCAAGGACUUGUUGCAGUGCUUUGUUUAAUGUAUGAUGUGUAAAUUCUGUAA